AUGUUAAGGUUAAUUAAGAGACCAUCUGUUGAGCGACAAUUACAAUCGAGGAUCAAUGCCGCUGUGAAAGCGUCAUCGAUCCCAACUGCAGGCAAACUAGAGUCGGUGAACGUGGAGAGUGGCUUCAAGAGGAGUCUUAUGACUCAAGUCACUCCCGUACGGCAGCGGUUGGAGAUUGGAAGAAAUGCUAGGAUGCUUAGACCAUUGACAAGUAAAAGAAAUAUACAAAUGAAGAUGAAUCCAAAUCAGGGAGAACCUGAGAAGCCAGCGUUGGAACAGUUUGGUACAAACCUUACCAAGUUAGCAAAAGAAGGUAAAUUGGACCCAGUUAUUGGUCGUGAUGAAGAGAUUGCGCGUGCAAUUCAGAUUUUAUCGAGAAGAACCAAGAAUAAUCCUGUAUUGAUUGGACGUGCUGGUGUGGGUAAGACCUCGUUAAUCGACGGUUUGGCUCAAAGAAUUGUCGCCAACGAAGUACCUGAUUCGUUAAAGGACAAACAACUAGUUACAUUGGAUCUGGGAUCGCUGAUAGCAGGCGCAAAAUAUAGAGGUGAAUUUGAAGAAAGGUUGAAGAAAGUCCUGGAUGAGAUAGACAAGUCGAAUGGUCAAGUUAUCAUCUUCAUCGACGAGGUUCACAUGCUGCUAGGUUUGGGUAAAACAGACGGCAGCAUGGAUGCUUCCAACAUCUUGAAACCAAAGCUGGCCAAGGGUUUACGUUGCAUCUCUGCUACCACUUUAGAUGAAUUUAAAAUCAUUGAAAAAGAUCCCGCUUUAACGAGAAGGUUUCAGCCAAUUUUGCUGAACGAACCUUCUGUUUCAGACACUAUCUCAAUCCUUAGAGGUUUGAAAGAAAGGUACGAAGUUCACCACGGUGUAAGAAUUACCGAUACUGCAUUAGUUUCUGCUGCUGUCCUUUCCAAUCGUUACGUGACUGACAGGUUUUUACCAGACAAGGCCAUUGAUCUGGUUGAUGAAGCCUGCGCGGUCUUAAGGUUACAACAUGAGUCCAAACCAGAUGAAAUACAAAAGCUUGACCGUGCAAUAAUGAGGAUUCAAAUCGAGUUGGAAUCAUUGAAGAAGGAGACAGAUCCUGUUAGUGUUGAAAGGAGAGAAGCCUUGCAGAAGGAGUUGGAUUUAAAAAAUGACGAGUUAAGUAGACUGACCAAGAUCUGGGAACAAGAAAGGGCAGAGAUCGAAGCAAUCAAAAACGCCAAGGCUGACUUGGAACAGGCUAGAAUCGAACUAGAGAAAUGUCAGCGUGAAGGUGACUAUACCAAGGCAUCGGAACUUCGUUAUGCAAAGAUACCUGAUCUGGAGAGGAAAGUGGCGUUGAGCGAAAAGAAGAAUGACGGUGAAAAGGAGAACCUGCUACAUGACUCCGUGACUUCGGAUGACAUCUCGAAAGUUGUCGCUAAAAUGACAGGUAUACCUACUGAAACUGUCAUGAAAGGAGAUAAGGACAGGCUGCUAUUCAUGGAGGAUUCUCUGAAAGAAAGAGUUGUCGGGCAGGAUGAAGCUAUUUCCGUUAUUUCAGAUGCUGUCAGAUUGCAAAGAGCCGGUUUGACAAGCGAAAAGAGACCUAUUGCAAGUUUCAUGUUCCUGGGUCCUACCGGUACUGGUAAGACAGAAUUGACCAAGGCCCUGGCAGAGUUUCUGUUCGAUGACGAGUCCAAUGUGAUAAGGUUUGAUAUGUCAGAGUUCCAGGAGAAGCACACUGUUUCACGUCUGAUUGGUGCACCACCAGGUUAUGUCAUGAGUGAAUCUGGUGGUCAAUUAACGGAGGCUGUCAGGAGAAAGCCCUACGCUGUGGUUUUAUUUGAUGAAUUUGAGAAAGCACAUCCCGAUGUGUGUAAAGUAUUACUUCAAGUCUUGGACGAGGGUAAACUUACGGAUUCAAUGGGCCAUCCAGUUGAUUUCCGUAACACACUGAUUGUUAUGACAUCGAAUGUUGGUCAAGACAUCUUGCUCGCAGACAAGGAACUCAACGAGGAAGGUAAGGUCAGUGACCAAACAAAGAAGGAAGUUAUCGAUGCAAUGAAGAGAAUGUAUCCACCAGAGUUUAUUAAUCGUAUUGAUGAUAUGGUUGUCUUCAAUAGAUUGUCCAAGAAGGUUUUGAGAUCUAUUGUGGACAUUAGGAUUGAGGAGAUUCAAGAGAGAUUGAACGAGAAGAGAAUGACUAUCAACCUAUCAAAUGAAGCUAAGGAUUGGUUAACUGAUCGCGGCUACGAUCCAUUAUAUGGUGCAAGACCUCUAAACAGACUAAUCCACAGAAGUAUAUUAAAUCCUAUGGCAACCUUCUUGCUAAAGGGCCAAAUUAGGAAUGGUGAAACGGUGAAUGUGAGCGUUAGUGGCGAGAAGCUUGAGGUUCAACCGAAUCAUCAGGAGGGUGAAAGUCUAGAAGAAGAGCCCGAAAAAUAG